AAGACUGGACGGAAAGGGCACAGUAUCAAGUGCAAAUUCGCCGCGUCCUCAUCUAUUGGGAUAUUUCGAAAGAUCGAAUUUAAUUUUAAAUACAACAUGAAAUUCUUGGUGAUCGUUUUUGUGGCCCUAAUUGCCAUUGCUUCCGCAUUGCCACAAUUUGGAUUCGGAGGAUUCGGAGGAUUCGGUGGCCAACAGCAGCAACAGCAAGAGGGAUUCAGUGGGGGAUUCGGCGGUGGUUUCGAACAACAACAACAGCAACAGCAAGGGGGAUUCGGAGGAUUCGGAGGUGGAUUCGAGCAACAGCAACAACAACAGCAAGGAGGCUUUUUCUAAAAUAAUUUCCUUAUG